AGCAAGAACAAUAAGAAUACCGAUAUUUUUUUCAGAUUACGUUAAGAUUUAUUUUUGAUUGCUUUGUUAACUUCUUGCGUAGUUAUGUAAUUAUUAAUGUAAUGAAUAACAAAUCUUCAGGAACUGCGCUACGAGAAUCACCUGGGAGAGUGGUACAUAUUCAAUGUAAUCGAAUCUAUCCCUGCCAUAAAGACAUUCUUCUCCCAAGAGGAACUCAAGCGGUCGCAAGCAACACGAUAAACAAGACGUGAGUUUGGGCAUUCGAAACACCUUUGGUACACUUCAGAGAAUAAUAAAUUGAAUUUUUCAUUCACCACAAGAACAUCGAUAACACGACCGACGAAAUGCAACUGAUCAAAUACGAGUUGGAAAAUGCAGUUCUCGGCCAGUGGCCAAUUGUAUUUUUGGAUCUCGCAAUGACAUUGACUUUCCCUGGGUCGUUUUUAUAAGUCGUUACACGUAGGAUGCAUUUUAAAUUGUAAAAAUAAUAUGAAAACAAAUAUGUAAUUAUAUAUCUCAUUAUAUGAUAUUUUAUAAUAAUUUAAUCGAAAUCUUGAAAACAUAAAAAUUUAAUUAACGUAGCUUAGAAGUGGUAUCACGAUAUUUAAAAGUUGAUUAAAACAUUGAAACACACUGUAUAAACGAACAAAUACGAAUCACCCUCAAUUUUGUCCGCAUGAUUGUUCAGUCGUUAAUUCAGUCGUCAAUUCGUUGAAUGAUAAUACGUCAACAACACGGGUAUGUUGGAUGAUUCGCGAGUUAUUUCUUCGGAAAUCAAAAUGACUAAAUUAUUCGAUAGAGAAAAAGAAUCUGUUGAAUUGAAAAAAAAGUAUAAUGAUAAGGUCGUAAAAUUUCGCUGCGACUAUUCGUCAACGCAAGUUCAGGUGAUGUUGGCAAGAGGUUGGACCAAGGUAAUCUUAUCAAAUUUUCGAAAAUGCGAUAUUUGAGCAGUUUUCGUGGAUUCCUAAAGGGCAAAAAUAUUUUUUGAAAAAAAGAUUUGAAUACAAUUAAGCAUGAUAAUCAUAGAAUCUGCUUGAUACCAAUAAAAAGAAGAUCAAAGUUAAGGGAUCCAUUUAUGAAGUUAAUGUGUCACUUUUCAUUUUCAAGAGUUUUAAAUUAAGAGUUUUCUUAGAGGGUAAGCUAUCUCAAAAUUUAGAUGGCAAUUAAAUCCUCGUUCUUCCUCUUGUUCUUCGAGAUAGUUGACCCUGAAGAUGCUAGUUGGCAUUUGUGGUGGUGCGAAACGGGCGAUGGCCUGCGGCAAGCGUUGGACGGGGAUCGGAAGAAGCUGCGUCCUUACCAACGAGUGCCGCACUUCCGCAACCACUACGAGCUCACGCGCAAGAACUAUUUGUACCGAAAUCUCAAGCGCUACAGAAAGGCCCUCACAAGAGCCGAGAAAACCGCUGAGCUUCGCAUAUGUGAUGCCAUGCCUGUAACUUUCGAACUGCCAAACGAUUAUCGGAUGUUCGUCGAAGAAUAUCACAAGCAACAAGGAGCCACGUGGAUUGUCAAACCAGUGGCGAAGUCGCGAGGUAAGGGCAUCUUUCUAUUCAGAAAGCUGAAGGAUUUAGCAGAGUGGAAGAACAGAGAGACCAAGUUGCAACAACCAGGAAUUCCGGCUGAGACUUAUGUUGUUCAGAGAUAUAUAGAUAAUCCUUAUCUUGUCGCAGGACGAAAAUUUGACUUGCGCAUUUACGUGCUGGUGACCUCGUUUCAUCCCCUGAAAGUGUGGCUGGCCAGAGAAGGUUUCGCCCGCUUAUGUGGCGAAUUGUUUGAUCUGGAGAACAUUAGAGAUAACAGAGUGCACUUGACGAACAUAGCGAUACAAUUAAAGGCAGGUCGGAAUAUCGAGGAUGACCCUUCGAUGAGAGGCAAGAGUGAGAAAUGGGACUGCAAGUGGGCGUUGAGCAAACUUCGAGACUAUUUAGUAACUCAUCACGGCGCGGAAGUGGUUGAAAACUUGAUGCAACGCAUCGCAGGUGUGAUAAUGGCCAGUCUUCUGGCAGUGCAACCGGCCAUGAUGCAGGACCGCAACUGCUUCGAGCUCUACGGCUACGACAUACUGCUCAGCGACGACCUGCGACCUUGGCUGCUGGAGGUCAACGCGUCUCCUGCCUUAACAGGCACUGAUAACGAGGACUAUCGCCUCAAGUUUGAUCUGAUCGACGACGUUCUCAACGUUCUCGACUUUGAGGGUCGUUUUAGCGGUCACGAGACCAGAAUCGGGGGGUUGGAUCUACUCUGGAACGAUGGACCAGUUUGGACCAGCUGCCCGUACCCCGACACUCGCGCAGAAACAGUUCCCAGCGAAUUUAGGAGGCUCAACAUCUUCCUCGGAGCGAUUAACGAUCGUCAAACACAACUCUUUUCGCUGAGGAAUCAGCUGAUCGAAAAACGUAAAGCGGGACAAAAUUAUUCUCCUAUAGUACGUUAUUGCUUAAAAUAGGGACACAACUCGAAGGUAUCAAGUGUUAAAUUAUACCUUAAAAAUUUCUAUUUCCUAAAUACGUAUUUUUUAAUAUAUUCUUCUACAUCAACUUUUACGUAAUGUACUUUCGUCUAAUAGAAAUACUUUUUUCCAUAUCAAAGAUUUAGAAGUUUAUUGAUCCAUUUUCUUACAGUAUCUUCCGUACGCUUAUUAAAAAAUUAUUCGAUAAAACCGUGCCGCCAUCCAGAAAGAAUGCAGCUGAGAUGCACUCUCGCUUUUACGUCGCUCAUCUCGCUUUUGUUUUCAUUUUUUUCUUCGUUUUCCAGCAUCAACACUAAAUUUAGCUGCGAACACUCGUGCGAAUUCGUAAUCGCAUUGAUUAUCCUUUUCUACUCAUCCUCAUCAUCAAUGUUGUUUAGAUCAUCUAUUUAUAACGAGUAAAGACAGCACUUUGUUCGCGUGUACUCGAAUUAUCCGGUAUCUCUUCCCUCCGUGCUUUCUCUUAUCUUCCGCGCAUCGCACAAUAACAAAAUUUUUUUUAAUCUGAUAAAAAAAUUGUCCAUAAAGAUCAAUUUCCCGUGCACAACGGCACGCGAAAAUCGAUCUUACGACCAAAACGCUGCGUUUCACGCGUCCUGCAAUCUACCUUGCCG